AUUUUCCCUUUUAGAAUGCCCGUCAGCUUUGUGGUGUUCUUGGAAAAUUUUGCACCUCUUGUGAAUUCUCUGAACCUUGGCAUUGUCAGCCCAUUUCUGUUGGGCCUUCCUCCUUUACAGCUUGCUCAGAUUAAGACACAGUUGGCUCUUCAUCAGUUGAACUCAGUUGCUUCAAACUGUUCUAUAGCAUCCUAUCCUUUGUUAAAUGAGGCGUUCCUGAAACUUGCCAUGUUUAACCCUAGAGGAAACAUGCCGUCAAGGCCAAGGGGACCUAAUGUACCUGAUCCAAUCCCACGUGGGCCUUUUCAGGGGCCGGGACCUGGACCAGGUGGUCUUCAAAGGCAGCUCCCACCUAAUUCUGCUGAUGGAAUGCCCCAAAGGUUCAUGGGAUCAGAAAUGAGGGCAGGAUUUCCAAGGCCAAAUGUUCAGGUGGCUCCACACAGAAUGGAUCCAAGACAGCCAGCAGAGAGACUGAAUAUGGAGCAGCAGCAGCAGCAGCAGCAGAAGGUAGAGGGAUGCGGUUCACAUUGGGACACUCCGUUUCCCCCUGGAAAUAAUAGUCGGAGUCAACCUAUCCCAGGAAGGAUGGCAGAACAUCCCACAACUGUUCCAAGCCGUUACACAAAUGAGAGUGCCUCAAGCAUUUUGGCAAGCUUUGGAUUGUCUAAUGAAGACCUGGAAGAACUUAGUCGUUAUCCAGAUGAUCAGUUGACCCCUGAAAACAUGCCUUUAAUUUUAAGGGACAUCCGUAUGAGAAAAAUGGCUCAUCAGUUGCCGAGUUUACCUCCUCAGAGCAGAGAAAAAGAAAAUUUUCGCAGCGACGAUGGUCGUGGUUCCAUGGUUAAGAGCAAAGUAAUUGAUUACGGGCAUGAAAGCAAAUAUGGAUAUGAUGAAGGUCCCCUUGAAGUGAAAGUCUACGGUUCUGAUAUACCACCUAAAGACAGCAUGAAAGGAUUUCAGGCACAGCAGGCUGCAUCAUCCGGCGUAACCAGCAAACAGAUGAAUGCAGUUGAAGAACUAAUCCGGCAGAUGGGAUUCCAAAGAAGCACACCAAAUAACCAGUCUUUUUUCUCCAUGGAUACAUCUAACAAGAUGUCUGGAUUAUGUCUCCCUUCAGCAGGAGCUGGGGUACCUCCAGCAGUCCAACCCAUAAUGCCACCUGUGGUACCAUCCAUACCUCAGCCUGGGAUCCCUCCUGCUGUUCAGCAAGCUUUGCCUCCCCCAUCUGUGGCUCAGCCUAUGAUGCCAACUAUGAACCAGCCACCACCUCCUUUUGUACCUGAAAUACUUGGGGGUAUGAACAGGCGUGACAGGAUUCAUCAUGAAUCCAGACCUAACCCUAGUGCUCCCCCUGGACCUAGUACUGGUGAGAAAACUUUCCAGAAAGAGUCUGAAGGUCCUAUAGAGUCUCCAUUUGGUGUUGUGAAGGCCUCUUGGCUCCCAGUUUUUUCACAGGCAGAUGCCCAGAAAAUGAAGAGGCUGCCAACUCCAUCAAUGAUGAAUGAUUAUUAUGCUGCAUCUCCAAGAAUAUUUCCACAUAUGUGUUCUCUAUGUAAUGUAGAAUGUAGACAUUUGAAGGACUGGCUUCAGCAUCAGAAUUCUACUACACACCUUGAAAGCUGCCGCCAGCUACGCCAACAAUAUCCUGACUGGAAUCCAGAAUCCCAUUCAUCAUCAAAAAGACGUGAGGGUGACAGAAAUGAAAACAAUACACUCAGGCGGCGUUCUGCCAGCAUUAGCCCCAAGCGGUCAAGACGUUCCAGUUCUGGGCAUGCCAGACGUCGAACCCGGUCACGAUCCAGGAGUCCCAGGCACAGAUCAAGCAGGCAAAGGAGUCGAAGUCCAAGACAACUGUCUAAUCUCAGACACAGGUCAAGGUCUCCAUGGCGACCCCAUAACUCCAGUUCAUGGUUUCGAAGAUCUUCCAGCAGAGAGAGGGGGUCCAGAAGGCUGAUUAGAUCUCCAGAUAAGGCCUUGGAAGUGGUCGUGAAAUAUUUGGGACCUCGCUUUGUUGAACAUUUUCAUAAACAAGCGUUCAACCAGGGGUUUUCAGGAGCAAGGAGGACAUCACCUGACUUUGGAGACGUGAAGACCGGGAAUCCUACGAUUCCACCAAAGCCAUACAAGAGAGAAGGACUUUCCCGUUACACCUCGUCUGAAAAUAAAACUAAGGUCCCUGAGGCUGCUGAUGGGUCCAACAAAGAAGGAAUCAUAGCUGAGGGAAAAUGUAAGAAACUGCCUACGGGAGCACCAGUAAACGAAACAGACGUUCUUUUCAGUAAGUUUUGGACAAGUAAAUCCAGGAGUUUGGGGACUGUUCUUCAAAUAUCUGAUUUACCAGAUGAUGGUUUUACAGACCAUGACAUUAAGAAAAUAGUUCAGCCUUUUGGAAAAGUUAGUGACAUCCUAGUUGAUCGUUGUAGGAAUGAGGCUUACCUUGAAAUGAACUAUAAGGAAGCCGUAAUAGCAGCUGUCAAAUACAGCGAAACAGUUCCUGUUCUUGUUAAUGGCAAGCGCGUGAAAAUAAGUGUAGCGGAAAAACCCAAAGCUGCUUGCAGUCAGAGCAAAGGAAAUGAGAAGAAGGUUGCACAGAAUGUCAAGGAUUCUCCCAUGAAUAUGAAGAAAGAGCAAAUUGCAUCUGUGGUAAAAAUGAUUUCUCCUAUGCCUUCUGCCUCAAAAACUGAUACCAAGAGGCUCGGAAAAACUCAAAAGGGUGGGGAGUCCAAGGUAGCUGUAAAACCCAAAAAAAAUAUGGAUGCCAAGAAGACUGGAGCAACAGCCAUAAAACAAAAUGAUACUGCAGAUACCACAUCAUCUGAAGAGGCAAAAAAUCCUCUAAAGGCGAAAAAGGUCACAGAAUCCCCCAAACCUGUAGACUCCAAGGUAAAAGAGCCUCUAAAGACCAAGAAGGCUGUAGAAUCCAAGGACAAAGAAUGUAUAAAGAGCAAGAAAAUUGGAGAACCCAAAGCAAAGGAACCUUCAAAGGCCAAGAAGGUGACAGAUUCCAAGGCCAAAGAAUCUCUAAAGUCCAAGAAGGUCACAGAACAUAAGAAAGUUGGCGAAUCCAAGACCAAGGAAUCUCUGAAGUCCAAGAAGUUCAUAGAACCCAACAAAAUGGGGGACUCUGAAGCCAAAGAACCUCUUAAGGCUAAGAAGGUGGCAGAAUCCAAGGAAUCUCUUAAAAGCCAGAAUGCUGUGGAACCUAGCCAGGCUGGAGAAUCUAAGGCUAAGGAGUCAAGCAACCCAGCAGACCCACCAGAUACGUUAGAAGCUGUUAAGAAUCCUGAAGCAGCUGAAUCUGUCCUCAAGGAGGCAGAGGAGAUGUGUGUCGUGGUGAUUUCCAGCCUCCCUGAGACCGGGCUAACCCUGGAUGAGAUUUCCAACUUAACCAAGCCCUUUGGGAAAGUUAAAGAUAUUUUAAUUGUGUCUUCACAUAAGAAGGCAUACAUAGAAAUAAGUCGCAAAUCUGCAGAUUCCAUGGUGAAAUUUUAUACCUGCUUCCCGAUGUGGGUGGAAAGGAACCAGCUGUGCAUUACUCUGGCACCUGAGCUGAAGGAUCUCAAUGAGGAAGCUAUAUUUAUUGCGAUGAUUAAAGAUGUCAAUCCAAAAGUGAAUACGGAAAUGUUGCACACCCAGUUUGUGCAUCUGGGGAACUUGCCAGACGCGGGGUACUCCGAACUUGAAAUACUUUGCGUCGGCCUUCGCUUUGGACGAGUGGAUCAUUACAUGGUGAUAACAAAUAAGAACAAGGCAAUUCUCCAGUUGAAUAGUGCUGAGUCGGCCACAUCUAUGUGUCGCUUCUUAAAAAGGUAUCCUUACAGUUUGGGAGAGGCGCAGUUGACGAUCUCACGGUCGCCAAAAAUAGAACCUUCAGCUGUUGAAGUUACAAGAAAAGAGGUGAAAAAGCAAGAACCAAGCAGCGAGAGCCCUGACUUGAAAACAAUUCCCGAAGGAUCAGGAGUGGUGCACCCAUCCGCCGUUCCUCCCGCAAAGCCCACUGAGGCCAAGGAAGACCACAGUUCUAAUUCAAAGGCUAUUCCAGAUACAGAUACUGAACCCUCAGACACAGAGAAGAUGGUAGGUGAAGUAGCUUCCAAGUCACUGAAGACUGAAGACUCGGAAGAGGACUCUGAAGCGUUAAAAGAAGACUUUAGGCCAAGCACUCCGGCUACAAGCGAGGAUUUUGAAUCAUCUGAAAUGCAACCUGAGGAAGCGUUUGCUUUGUCAUCCACUCUGGAAAAGGAAGAAAAAGAAACAAACAAAUCUGACAAUGAAUUGCUGAGAGAGGCCUCUCCAUCUGCUGGAGAGGAGACAAAUGAAGAAUUAGCUCCUCUUCCUGGGAAAGCAGAAGAGUGGCAGAGUGUCUCAACGACAGAGAGCGCGGGAGCCCUCUCUGCCCCAGCCGUGGAAGGAGAAGACACAGCUACAGACUUAAGGCUGGGGGCUACAGAAGCUCCACUGGAGGAAAUGCCAAGUACUGAUAUUCUGUCAGAUAGCAGGUUGAUGUCUCCAGAAGCAGAUAGUGCUGAAGCCACUCUGGGCUUAGCAGAAACACCUGCUCCCAGAGUUCAGAUGAAGAUGGAGGAAGAGUUGGAGGGCCCCUUGACCACAACUCAGCCAAGUGUGGAGGUGGCAACAGAGCCAGCAAUGGUGGAAAUGAAGGAAAAUGUAAAAGAAAAGCCUCAGCUGCAGAUGGCCAGGGCUGAGGUCACCGUGGAGAAGCAUCCUGAAGAGUCUUCUUUAUCAAGUGCUGGAGAAAUCAAACCAGAGACUCCAGAAGAGAAUGCAAAGGCACAGAAUCCCGAGCAAAUUGUGCCAAAGACACAGCAGGAUAAAGGACUGGGACAAACCGAAGCUGGGGAAUCCUGCAAAGCUAGCGCUCUGGAGGCAGAAUCUGUAGCCGGCACAGAGGCCGCUUCUGCCAGCAAAACUAUCCCAAAGGCUUCAAACGUAUCCAAGGCAAGAGCUUCAGCACGAAGAAAAGAGGAGGAGAAGCCAGCCAGCAAGCCUGUCACCAGGAGCCAAGGGGCCGCCGAGAAGGCACUGGUGCCGAAACAAACGAGUCAGCAAAGGCCAGCUAACAGCCGGUCAAACAUACCAGAUAGCGGCAAGUCUAAGCUGAACGUGAGUUCGGUGGUGGUGGUUGUGUUAGGCAGUGGGAAGAGCUCCUCGCAGCAAGACAAGGACUCCCCGGUGGAGACUAAGGGGAGUCCAAAGCAGAGCCGAGAGCAGGAGAGUAGAUCAUCCACCCUGAAGCGGGACAGCAGCGGCAAUAAGGGGUCUACUGGGAGAAAUACCAGAAGCUCUAAAAGCAACCCAAAACCCAAAGAGGAGGAGGAGCUUUUCCCAUUUAAUUUGGAUGAGUUUGUUACAAUGGAUGAAGUUGUAGAUGAAGUGGAUUCUCCUUCUCAGCCCAGGAAGAACCCUGUAAGGGGCAAAAGGAAGGACCCCCCAAAGAAAAAUACUCCCUACGAACCAAGUUCUAAGAGAAAAAAAGCUAAGAUCUCGGCCAGUCCUGUGGCUGAGAGCGAGGUCUCCUUUGUAACCUUGGAUGAAAUUGGAGAAGAUGAAGGUGGGUUGGCCCAAGUGGAGCUUCUGAACCUGGAAGCCAUGGCUGAUCCCCAGGCACUGGUCACAGUUGAUGAAGUCAAUGAAGAGGAGGAACUGAUUGAUGAAGUUAUCAAAGAUCCACAGUCACUUGUUACUUUGGACGAGAUAUCUGAGCAAGAGGAUGCUGCUCUUCACGAGAUUGCUAAGGGGGCCUUUACUUCAGGGGAAAAUGAACCUGAUCUUAAAGCAGAACCUUUAGUGACUGUGGAUGAAAUUGGGGAGGUGGAAGAGCUACCCCUGAACGAACCUUCACACUUCAAGGAUGAGACUGUAAAAUGCAAGGAAGAUGAAAAAGUGGUGGUUGAAGAUGCUGGAGAUUAUCUCUCUUCUCAGAUUCCAGAGGAUCCUAGCAUUUUAGUUACAGUGGAUGAGAUUCACGAAGAUAGUGAUGACCAGCCAUUGAUGACUUUGGAUGAAGUGACAGAAGACGAUGAAGAUUUCCUAGAAGAUUUUAAUCGCCUAAAAGAAGAGCUUAACUUUGUUACUGUAGAUGAAGUUGGCAGUGAAGAGGAGGAUGAAGAAAAAUCUGACAUGUCUCCUGGCAGAAAUUUGGAAGAAGUGACCAAAACAGUACCAGAAAAAGAGGCUGUACUGCCAGUUGGAGAAGCAGAAGAGGAUAUCCGGUCUUCUGCAGAAUUAGAAGACGUUGGAAUCCCAGAUGACACCCCGCUAGAACAGAGAGAAUGUGUUUGGGAUGACCUGCUGGAAGAUGAAGUGUCUGCAGCCCAGCAGGGGGAUCCUGACAACGAGAGCCCUGUGGAAGAGGAGGUAGAAAGAGAUAGGCAGAAGGCUGUGCUAGAAUGUAAAGAAAAGGAUGAAGGAAAAGAUUUGGAGAAAAUAGACACAGUCACUGAAUCAGAGUCAGGUUGCAAGCAGCUGUUGACAGAGCCUGCUGUGAACCAGAAGAAACAAUCCAGUAGCAAGGAAAGUGAUACAGAGGAGGACCAGCAAUCGCCUGGCCUGAAGAGCCACGGAGAGGGCGCAGUGGCUGAAGUGACUGGAAUGGAAGUCGAGGGAAGCUCAGCAACCACUUCUGCGGAGGAGAGGACGGGAGAUGCUGUAACAACACCUUCCCCAGGUGUGGGAGUUUCCACGGAGGACACGGCAGCUGGAGAACCAGAGGCAGGGUCCAGACUAUCUGCCCAGAAUCCUGGCCUGUCAUCUGAUGUGGUUUUGGGGAGCUGCAGUGAAGCGUCUCCAUCACAGUCCUGUGAAAAGCCCUGCAGAGAUUUGAUUGAAUCCGAAUGUGAAGAACCCGAAGCUAAACAAAGAAAAGUAGAUUCCUCAGAGAAAUUGAAGACUCCCAGCCAGCUGAAAGAUUUAGAUUUCCUUGUCCCAAAAGCUGGCUACUUCUGUCAGAUUUGUUCCUGCUUCUGUGUGGAUGAAGAAUCUAUGAAGACCCAUUGCCAGUCUCAACUUCACCAGCAGAACAUGGAGAAAUUCAUGAUCAAGAGCGCAGCAGAGGAAGAAGAAAAAGAAGGUACUGAAGAAGAGAGUUUGACAUGAUACAAAGAUGGGAAGUGCCUCUGCAAGUUUCAUUUAGGGUCCAGUCGCCUCUAUGUAUUAAGUUCAUGUUUUUUUACUUCGUUCCUUUGAAGAUUUUCAUGUCGUACACACUUCCAUUCAUUAGAGAAGCAGGCUGAUAAAAAUUGUGUAGUGAUUUUGAUUGCUUUCCACAAUGAUGUUGGAAGUGUUCAAAUAAAUUCUUACUGUAGAGUCAA